AUGAUCUUUGGAUCAUGGAACAUUAGAGGGCUGAAUAAGCCCUACAAGCAGAAGGAAUUCAAAUCCUUUCUGCUUACGAAUAAAGUGGCUCUUUUGGGCUGCCUUGAGACAAAAGUUAAGACUAGAAGAGCAGGGAAGAUACAAAGGAAGUUAGGGGCAGAGUGGCAGGUUUACUGUGAUUAUGUAGGUUGUCCAAAUGGAAGAAUAAGGGUCUGUUGGAAACCACAACUGGUGGAAGUUGAUAUCCAGUUCUCAAAGCCUCGAAUUGUUCACGGCAAGGUAUCAAUAGCACCAGUUCAACAGAUUGAAACACAAGAUUUUCAAGACUGUGUGGAUGAGGUUGGGCUUGGUAAGAUCAGAAGAAAGGGAUGCCAGUACUCUUGGUGUAACAAGAGGGAUCCUGGAGACAAGAUCUAUAGCUUGAUAGACUGGGCAUUUGGCAAUGCCCAAUGGAUUAGCAUGUAUAGUAGUAUAGAAGCUCACUAUUUAUAUCCUGGCUGUUCAGACCACUCUCAUAUACUACUUACUACUAAUAUUAUCAGACAAAAACUCCCAAAGCCAUUCAGACUCCUUAAUGUUCUACUGCAGCAACAUUCAUUCAAAGAAGUGGUGAAGUCUAUAUGGAAAUCCAAUGUACCUGGAUAUGCUAUGUAUGGAGUUUGUAAGAAGUUAAAGCAAAUAGAACUUUCCAUGAAGCAGAUGAGCCAAGAGACGAAUAAGCUGGAUCAAAAAAUUGAGGACCUGCAAGCAAAGCUUAAAGAUACUCAGGAAGAUCUGGAAGCAGACCUUUACAUUGCUCAAUUGAUUAUGGAAGAGAAAGAGUUAGUGCUGAAAUUGGAGAAAUGGGCCACAAUUCAGGAGAGAGUCCUUAGACAGAAGUCCAGAGUUGUUUGGAUCACACAUAGGGAUUCAAACUCUAAGUUCUUCUAUGCUCAACUCAAAGCUAGGCAUUCCAGGAACAAUAUUGCAACUAUAUACAAUGAGCAUGGAGUAAAACUAACAGAUCCCAAGCAGGUGCAGAAGGAAUUCAUAGCAUUUUUUCAAAAGCUGAUGGGAAGUAGAGCUCAAGAACUACCCUGUUUAAAUACUCACAUUGCCAAGGAUGGCCCUUGCUUGCAGAGGGAUCAACAAAUGCUGUUGAUUCAACCUGUCACGAAGUUGGAUAUUCUUUAG